GGAACAUUAAAGUCCUCGCUGUUCGCUUCUCUCUCUCUCUCUCACUCGCGGCUUUGAGGUUCAUAGCGGGGUCACUAGAAGGUUUCAAAAGAUGGACAACAUGCACAGCUUCUGGCAAUUGGGUGAUGAGCUUCGUGGACACUCUAAAGCAUCAGAGGAUCACAAAUGGUUAAUGGUUGCUUCUAAAUUGGCUGAGCAGACAAGAUUGAAGGGGGAGCGUAUGAAUAACCUUGAUCUUUCAAAGGGCCUCAUUGAAUCAAGGUCAAGGGAUAAAUUUGGGUUCCAGGAAGAGAACAAAUUUGACACUCUUAACUUAAGCAUGUUAAACCUGGACUCUAAAAUUACUGAAAAUGUGAGCAAAAACUCGCUUCGAAAUGGUGUUUACAAUAUUAAUGCAGUGUACCAGAAAAACAAUGCAAACCUGGUGAGUAACAUGAACAGUAACAAGUAUGCUGUUAAUAUUCAGCACAACAAAGAGUCCAACAACAAUAACAACAACAACAAUGAAAGCAACAACUCAAAUGCAGCUGACAAAAGGUUUAAGACCUUGCCUGUAGCAGAGACACUUCCACGAAAUGAGGUGCUUGGAGGAUACAUCUUUGUCUGUAAUAAUGACACCAUGCAGGAAGACUUAAAACGUCAGCUAUUUGGUUUGCCUCCAAGGUAUCGCGAUUCUGUUCGGGCAAUAACACCAGGGUUGCCUCUAUUUCUGUAUAACUAUACCACUCAUCAGCUGCAUGGCAUUUUUGAGGCAGCAAGUUUUGGGGGCUCUAACAUAGAUCCAACUGCAUGGGAGGAUAAAAAAUGCAAAGGCGAGUCAAGGUUUCCAGCUCAGGUAAGAAUCCAUGUCAGGAAACUUUGCAAUGCAUUGGAAGAAGAUGCAUUCAGGCCAGUAUUGCAUCAUUACGAUGGUCCAAAGUUUCGCCUUGAGCUGUCAGUUCCAGAGACCCUGGAUUUGUUGGACCUAUGUGAGCAAGCUGGUUCGGCAGCAUAAGCAAACAACGGAAUAUCCAAAAUAGUAGGUAGGUUUUGGUGUGCCAACUGUGUGCUUUUGCCAGAUUUUCCAUGGAAAGCGUAAGCUUGGAAAAGUAGUUUGUUUGGCAAAUCAUUUUGGAGGAAGUGUUGAGAGUUUGAGACCCUUCUCUGAAUAAAUGUUGUGUUGUCCACGAAGAUGCUUUGUAGCUGUUGCAUGACAUUUAUAAGUACAGCUUCUCUAUAACAUCAUAGAGACGACUGUUUGUACUUGUAAAGCAUUAUGCAUUUCUGUUAAACCAAAAAAGAAAAUAAAUAAAUAAAUUUAAGUCACUAGGAGUGGAGUAGAUUAGUGCUGAGGGACUUGGGUACUUUGAGGUUAUAGGUUCAAACUAUCAUUGAAUCUCAAAAAAAAAAAAAAAAUUGCAAAAGCUUUAUUGUGUUUCUAA